GUGAGCUUAACAAGCACCAGAUCAUAGCUCGCGGCCUUUUUGAUCGCUACGAGCUUGUCGUGCUGCACGGCUGGUUGUUUCGAGCAGUCGAGUUGGAUCGGAUGAGCCGACAGCAGGGCCGCCUGUGUCGAGUCGUGAAUGUCAUCGAUGCCUCCGGGUGCACCUUGUCCAAGGUGAUUUGCCGGGACUUUGACCGGCGAGCGGAGAAGAUGAUGCAGCGGUUAGAGAAGCUGGUACCAGACCUUACCGCCGGAAACUGGGUGAUCAACGCGCCGUGGAUCAUGCAGAAGAUCUUCCCUUGGGCCAAGAAGACCUUGAAGAUCAAGGUAGACAACUGGUUCCUCUGCCAGGGGAACGGCGAGCAGGACGAGGAUCUGCUCAGCUUGGUGACCGUCGAGACCUUGCGAGAGCUCGGGGCCUUCCGCCAGAAGGCCAAGGAGGAGAACGACCAGCGAAGUGCAGAUUUCCACUACAUCAAGCGAGGCAGCGUUUUGGAGCAUGCCGUAGAGGUGCAGCGUGGCCAGCGCGUUUCUUGGAAGUUCAUCGUCUUGCCUGGUGGGCCGAUGCUUCCACCACCCGAGGUGGACUUCGGGGUUGUGGCCGUCUGGGAUGUUCCCGACGACUCUGCUGCCAUGCCUUCCCGCCCAUCGGCACCUGCCCCCGUCCGAGGCACGACGGCUCGGCAGGAACGCACGGGCAUGGUCGUGGAGGAUGGCAGUGCGGUGGAUUUGGUGUCAAGUGAGGCGGACGAGGUGGAUGACUACCAGGGGCUGCAAGAAGAGGUCUUGCGCGCUUUCAAGCGUUGGGGCACUGUCGACCUGGAAAACUCCGGCACGGUCACUGCACAGAAGUCUGGCAUGGUCGUGCUGCGAUGGAGCAACGAGUUUAACCUCAUUCGUGCGAAGCGUGUGCAGUUCGAAGUCGUCAGCGGAGAUGCGAAGGCUCCGGAAGAGACCGUAAGUGGCGGGGACACGACCUGA